AUGCUCCCCUCAAUCAGAGCAGCAUCUUUGUUCAGUUUACCUCCAUCAUUGCGACCAAUUCUCGCCGCGCGGCAUUAUGCAACACAUACAGGCUUAGGUACCACAAACACCUCGUCGCAACCAAAAAGAAAAGCCGUUACAACAUUCAACGAUGAUGGCAGAGUCCCUUGGCGCGAUUUAUCGGGACGAGAGAAGGUUGCUAGAACAACACAGCAAACUUUCAAUUUAGGGACUGUCCUUAUCGGCACAGCAUUGACGGGUGGUGUCACAUAUCUUCUUUACACAGAAGUGUUUGCUCCCGAUAGUAAAAUCAACCAAUUCAACAGAGCGGCCGACCAAGUCAAGGAGGAUCCGCGAUGCAUAGAAGUAUUAGGCAAUGGAAAGAAGAUACGGGCAUAUGGCGAGCCAACAUCGAGCAAGUGGGCUAGAGCCGGGCCUAUUGCGUCUAAUAUCACGAAAGAUCGUCGAGGGGUGGAACAUUUGAUUAUGCAUUUUAAUGUCGAGGGUCCGCUGAAUAGAGGUGUGGUGAACCUACAUAUGGUCAAACCACCAUCUGAGAGCUCCUUUUUGUACAAAUACUUAUUCUUGGAUGUGAAAGGACAUCAGAGGAUAUACCUUGAGAAUGCCGAUGCGACGAAUGGGCCUGGGAAAGAUAAGAAUACCUGGCAAGAACUCGAUUCUAGAAUGAAUCCAUCCACUAUUGUUGGGGCUCAAAAAAAGGCUUCAGGUCAAGUUAGAAAGAAAACUCUGUUCUCUCUAGUUGUCCAAGUUAGCUUAAGACAGUUCUACUGUGAAGAACGCAUUUAUACUACAAUCUGA